AUGUUCUGCAGACCGCCCUCGGUUUCACCAGUGCUGGCAGUGUCUACGUCAGCGCCCGCCAUCAAAUCCUUCGACGUGGCAUCCGGCGCGUCCCUGGGCGACGUGGCAGCGCGCCACCCUGGCACGGUGACGGAUUUAGGGUUUGCAGAAGCGGCAUUCGGAGGGGCGGGGCCAGGAAAGGAGGUGCUUCUGUCGUCGUCCUCCGAAUCCGCUGUUUACGUUUGGGACGCGCGCGCUCGAUCGCAAGCGGGCGUCUUCCCCGCGCAUGGGGGGGCGGGCGAGCUGUGGAGCUGCAGCGGGGGAGGGGGGAGCACAGGUCACCUGCUGGCGGCAGGGGCGAACUCACAGGUGAGGCGCGCCCCUACUCCUCCUCGCCCCCCCCAUAAGUCCGCUCUUCACUUGGCGGGUGCGUUCCCCGCGCCGCGUAUGGGGGACCAGGCGAGCUGUGGAGCUGCAGAGGGGGGAACGCAGAGCACUUGUUGGCGGCAGGGGGCAACUCACAGGGCACCUGCUGGCGGCGGGAGGCAACUCCCAGGUGAGGCGUUGACUGGGGGAGGUGGCAUCUGGCAGACAGUUGGGACAAUCCUGCAGCGGGGGAGGGGGGUCUACAGGGCACCUGCUGGUGGGGGAGGUGGUAUCUGGCAGAUUCUCCUGUGGGACAUGCGCUCCACCCGGCUGUUGGGACGACUUGAGGACGCUCACACAGAUGACGUCACUCAGGUUCGCUUCCACCCUCUCCACCGCACUGCACUCCUCUCAGCCGCGCUCGACGGCCUCAUCUGCCGCUUUGACCUCUCUCCACACCACGAGGCAUCACUCUCCGCCUCGGCAGUAACCACCCCCGCAGCGACAGCAGCAGCAGAGCGUUAUGCGGAUUCCGACCCGCUCCACACCCCCCUUUCCUGCUGUUUCCCUCCUGUGGCCGUCCUCCCCUCUUCUCCAUCCCUCCCUCCUCAACCCUCCUUCUCUUGCCCUAAGCAGGUGAUAAGUCCUGGCACAUCCAUCUCUCGCAUUGGCUUCUUUGGCCCGUCUGCCUCUGCUCUUUGGUGCCUCACCAGCGUUGAGACUCUCAGCCUCUGGGAUCUCUGGGCGGGCGAUCCCAUUGCUUCCUUUGACAACAUUCGGUCAACUCUUUCUGAAAAGUGGCCCCUGCAAGUCCCUGUGGAUUAUCUGAUUUCCUGUGACUACUCCCCCUCGCCCACCCCGCGCCUACGCCUCUUUGCCGGUUCCCACCUGGGCCAUGCAGCCGCCUUCCCCAUCUCCCUCCCCCACACCGUCUCCAACCCAUCCCAACCUUCGGGACCCGCUACUGCUGCUGCGGCCGCUGCUCGUAAUGAUGACGAUGAUGCUAUGAUGUCAGAGGAUCCACUUGGCAGCAGAGUGAGCGUGCCACCUGGCAGCUGCCAGGUCAGCGGCCCGGACAUGCUGUUAUCAGGGGCUCACUCAGGGGUGGUGAGGGAUGUGGGGAGAGUGGCACUGCCACCAUCUCAUGCAGGGACAGCUGUUGCUUACUGGACAGGGGGGGAGGAUGGGUGCUUGUGCCAAUGGGAGGGGAUCGAGGGGCAGGAGGAGGGGGUGGAGGGCGAAGGGGUGAAGGGGAGGGCUCACUCAGGGGUGGUGAGGGAUGUGGGGAGAGUGGCACUGCCGGCACCUCACGCAGGGACGGCUGUUGCUUACUGGACAGGAGGGGAGGAUGGGUGCUUGCAAUACACUAGCUUGCACUACACAGACAUGCUGUUAUCAGGGGCUCAUUCAGGGGUGGUGAGGGAUGUGGGGAGAGUGGCACUCCCAGCAUCUCAUGCGGCUGUGUCUGGCGGAAUGGCUGUGGCGUUUUGGACAGGAGGGAAGGAUGGGUGCUUGUGCCAAUGGGAGGGGAUCGAGGGACAGGAGGAGGGGUUGGAGGAUGGAGGGGCGAAGGGGAGUAAGCGGAAGGGCAGGGCAAGGGGAAGGAUCGAUUCAAGCCGUACUAGUUUACUCCACACAUGUUUUUGA